AGAGAAAACAAGAUAUGGGACAAUAUGGUUCUGUAGGGUCAGGCUUCUGCAAGAGGACCAACUCAGUGGAUUGUUAUCCGCAGAAUUAUCCCACGAACAACUACUGAAUCAUUUCAUUUUCAAGGAUCCACGCUUGGAACUUCCCGUCUUUUGCAAAUUUUAGAUAUGGUCGAGCUUUCUUCUUAAACUUGAAAGACGUUUCAGGAGCUGUUCAUACUUUGUGGUUCUAAAAGCAUUUACCUUCAUUUGAAGCCAAAUAUGACCCUCCUCUCCUCCAAGAAGCUACCUUUUGCUUUGUACUUGUUAGUUGAUCUGCUGAACUUGCUGGUGCUUGUAGAGUCGGCGACCAUUCGGGUGGUCGGGCCUUCACGGUGUUCGGGCAGGGUUGAGAUUUACCACAGGGACUCGUGGGGAACCGUGUGCGACGACCACUGGAGCAUUUCCAAUGCUGAGGUGGUGUGUCGAGAGUUAAACUGCGGCACAGUCAUCGAGGCCAAAAAAGGUGCCUUCUUUGGACCUGGAAAGAAUAGCAUUUGGCUGGAUGACGUUCAGUGUGUUGGCAAUGAAUCCUCAAUUCUUGAGUGCCAGCACAAAGACCUGGGUAUGAGCAACUGCAACCACAACGAAGACGCUGGAGUCGUCUGUUCAGAAUCUGUGCGUUUGGUCGGUGGAGACAGUCGAUGUAACGGCAGAGUGGAACUCUACCACGAGGGCCACUGGGGAAAAGCCUGCAGCACCGACUGGAGCAGAGAAGCAGCUGGGGUGCUUUGCCGGGAAAUCAACUGUGGCACUCCGCUUGUCAAUCCGGUGUCUCAAGAUUUCGGACAGACGCACGACCUCACGGGGGUCAAGUCCAGCUGCCAUGGAAACGAGACCAGCAUGGCACAGUGCACUCUGGAAGACAAUAAAGAAAGUUGCACUGGCGCGACAUUAAUCUGUGCAAACAGUAAACCAGUGCGACUUGUCAAUGGGACCCAUAGGUGCUCCGGCCGAGUGGAGAUCUACCACGACGGCAACUGGGGGACUAUUUGUGACGAUAGGUGGGGGAUGCAGGAAGCGGCGGUCACAUGUCGCGAGAUGAACUGUGGGAAUGCCCUCGCUGUCAAGUACAGGUCUUACUUUGGCAGGGGCACAGAUCAGGUCUGGAUGGAUGAUGUCGAAUGCACUGGCCAUGAGAAGGCCAUUGCGGACUGCCCGCAUCGAGGCUUUGGACAGCACGACUGCGACCAUAAUGAAGACGCUGGACUCGUGUGCUCAGAGAACAUCAGGUUAAUGAAAGGGCCUGACAGCUGCUCCGGCAGACUCGAGGUGUUCCACAAUGGCACAUGGGGAAAAGUGUGCAAUAGCAACUGGAGCCAAAGAGAGGCGACAAUGAUCUGUAAAGAACUCGAAUGCGGCAGUGCCAAGAACAACCAGGAAAGUUUCAAUUACGGUGACAGCGACCUGACCGGGUUUAUAAGUAGAUGCUCUGCUGAUUCGACCUCCAUCAGCCAGUGUGGACUUGAAGCGCAAAGAGGGAGAUGCCAAGGUGUCUCAGUUUCAUGUGCAGGCAUUUCACCACUGAGGCUUGUUAACGGCACUGACCGUUGCUCUGGUCGGGUGGAGUUUCUCCAUGACGGUGCGUGGGGAACGGUGUGCGACGACGAGUGGGACAUCAGAGAUGCUCAGGUAGUGUGCCGAGCCAUGGACUGUGGGACGGCCCAGACAGCCAAAUCUGGAGCUUUCUUUGGUCAAGGCACCGGAGACAUCUGGAUGGACGAUGUCCGCUGUUUGGGCAACGAGUCAACCCUCGUGCACUGCCAGCGAAACGCCUUCGGAGAUAACAACUGUGGUCACGGCGAAGAUGCCGGUGUCAUCUGUUCAGCUACUAUAAGAUUGAUCAAUGGAACAAACCAAUGCUCAGGUCGGGUGGAGUACAACCACGGGGGUCACUGGUACCCCGCUUUCAAUAUUGAAUGGGGAAAUAAUGAAGCAGCAGUGGUCUGCAAGGAGAUGAACUGUGGGGAUCCUGUCCAGUUCUCGGGAUCAUUUGGUGAAGUUGGACAGCAGAGAGGCUACAGGAUCACGUGUACCGGUAGGGAGAGCUCUCUCACACAGUGUGCGCUGAGAGAGUACACCAGGCCGGCCCACGUUUCGGAGGUGUCCAUCAAAUGUUCAGGUAAUGUGAGGUUUGCUGCCGGGCCCACCCGUUGUGCUGGAAGAGUGGAAUUUUAUGAUAAAGGCCAGUGGGGAACUGUGUGCAGUGAAUCCUGGGACAUAGUUGAUGCAACAGUGGUGUGCCAGCAGAUGGGCUGUGGAAAGGCCCACAAGAUUACCACACUGGUUGAGUACGGUCAUGGCACAGGUCACACUUGGCCUGACCGAAUUGAAUGCAGUGGAACGGAGUCCACACUGGCUCAGUGUAACCAAAGUCCAUUCGGAGACAGAACAUGCAACGCCACCUCAAUCGCCGGCGUUAUCUGUACAGGAAGCUUGGAGGUUCGGUUGGCUAACGGCAGAGAUGACUGUUCUGGAAGAGUGGAGGUACGCCACGGUGAAGCGUGGCAAUCAGUGUGCGACACAGACUGGACCUUAAGUAAAGCUGAGUCGGUGUGUGACCUGCUGGAGUGUGGACGUGCCUUCGAAGCCACUGGCUCUGCCCAUUUUGGCCAGGGCACAGGAUCUGUUGUGGAAGCCAGUGAAUCUUGUUUUGGAAACGUGACUUUUCUGAAGGAGUGCUCACGUAACGGUUUCAGACCGUCAAAGUGCACCCAUCAACAUGACGCUGGUGUUAUGUGUGCAGCGCAGAUUCGAUUGGCCAGCGGCCCAAAUGAAUGUUCUGGCAGAGUGGAGAUCUUCUACAAAGGACAGUGGGGAACCGUGUGUGACGACGAGUGGGAGAUGAGCGAUGCCGAUGUGGUCUGCAGGCAGGUUGGUUGCGGUCACGCCAUCGCGGCCCCUCACAGUGCCCAUUUUGGCAAAGGCAGUGGUCCAAUAUGGCUGGAUAAUGUGGAGUGCGUGGGCCAGGAGUCAGCUCUCGCACACUGCCAACACCCUCAGUUUGGAGAAAAUAACUGCGGCCAUGGCGAAGAUGCUAGCGUCAUCUGCUUAGGUGCUCUACAGAAACCCCAGAUCUCCAUCAGCCCCAGCACCGAGGUCAACUGGGGUGACAGAGUGGAAAUCACAUGCGCUGUCAUCUCAGAACAUUUAGGGGGGAAUUUCGUCCUGAAAAAUAUCCAGGGGUCUUUCAACAGGGAGAAGUUCUCUGACCACGAAGCUGCGACCUUUACCUUACCUGCAGUGACCUUCGACCAAAAGGGCACCUACUUCUGUGAAUAUCAAAAGAAGUUAGCCAAUCAAGUCAUUAAUUAUCCUCAAGGAAACACUGCUGAUCUCGAUGUCAUAGUGAAACUGGAGAAACCCAGCAUCGCUCUGACAUCCCCUCAUGCGAUGGUGGUCUACAGUCCUGACAAAGUAUCAGUCACCAAAGGCAACACUUUCUCCGUCACUUGCUCCACUCACUCCAGAUACCCUGGAGGUUACUUCUACCUGACGAAGUCAAACAUAACCACCAUGGAGUCAAAGCCAUCAUUUGGCCACAUGCUUUUCUACACAGCUUUCUUUGAGUUCCCCUCAAUCGAUUACAAACACCAGGGACUGUAUACCUGCGUCUAUGCUGUCAACAUCUCCGCCAUGUCUUUUUGCUCUCCUCCUUCAAAGACACUCGAAGUCACCGUAAUCUCGAUGUCUUCCUCCUCGUCAGCUGUCACUGGCGUGGUGGUAACGUUUCUGGUGUUGCUGGUCCUGGUGGCCGUCGGUGUCUUCGUCUGGAGAAGGAGAUUCAAGGGUACUGAUGUGAUGGUGCAGUUUAGCAACAGGUUCGGAGGAGCAAUUAAACGGGACACAGAUGACAGAAUCAACGGAGGGAAUGAUCUAAGGGACCGCAACAACCCCAUGUAUGAUCGUGCAUUUAGCUUCAGCCCCGAAGACAAACCUGAAGAGGAGCCUGGUGAUCCUGAUGCAGCUGAGGCAGAGUCCGAAAACCUGGCGGGGAAAGUGUGCUACGAGCUCGAACCUCUCGUUUUUUCCUGAUAACAACAUGACUCAUUUAGAAAUGUCAGUGAUGUGAUUUUGUAGAACAUACAGAGCGGUAUACUACCAGGCUGAAAAGCUGCACUGAGAGCAUUUCCCUGAAAGAAGAAAAAAAAACUAACUAUGCUGUGAAGCUGUAUGCACAUUUUCAUGUCACAGAGCUAAAGUGAGAAGUUAUUUUAUUGCGGAUCAGCAGAAACAAGUCUGGUGUCACGUUUCAGCUGGUGUUGCAUCGGUCUUUGGGAGGGCAGACCACACUAGGCGACUGCAUUUCAUGUGUCUUUACAAACCAAUAAUUAGCAAAUGUACAGACUUUCUGUUUCUCUAUUCAGAUGUAUUGUAUGUUAUGAGAUAUUUCCAAUAAUUAAGAACUCUAAUGAUAUGUACGUCCUCUUUAUGAUACUUUCUAUUCCCUUUAACAUUUUUAAUUCAUAUUUCUUCAAAGCUUUGACUAAACCAAUAGAACUACGGAGAAACUGGUGAAGUGAUGAAGUGCUGCGGUAGCUGCACCCCACUUCUUCCUGUUUGUUUUUCAUAUUUAAAGUUCUGUUGUGUUUCAUUGUCUAGACUAACUGAUUUUUUCCGGAAGAGUGCGCCAAUCAUAAUUAGAAAUAAUGUUCUAAGACCAUUUUGAAGGAUGGGUACAUCAUCUUGAUAUUGAUUUAGUUAGUUUUUGUUUUAUCUUAUUUUCUUGUUGGUGUAUGUAACUCCUGAUCAAUAAAGAUAUGUUUCUUACCUCAGCUCUCACAGUAUUUGACCCAGGUUUCACUUGAUAAUGUGUCACAAUGAAAAAUA